CAGGCGGCGGGGGCCCGGGCGGGCGGCAGAUCCCCGAGGCUCCCGCAGCCGCGGCAGGACCGGCUAGCGGCGCCAUGGAGGGGAGCCCCAUCCCGGUGCUGACGGUGCCCACGGCGCCCUACGAGGACCAGCGGCCGACUGGCGGUGGCGGGCUGCGGCGACCCACUGGACUCUUCGAGGGUCAGCGCAACUACCUGCCUAACUUCAUCCAGAGUGUGCUGUCGUCCAUCGACCUGCGCGACCGCCAGGGUUGUACCAUGGUGGUGGGCAGCGACGGCAGGUACUUCAGCAGGACGGCCACUGAGAUCGUGGUGCAGAUGGCUGCGGCCAACGGGAUUGGACGACUGAUUAUUGGGCAGAAUGGCAUCUUGUCAACACCUGCUGUCUCCUGCAUUAUCAGGAAGAUCAAGGCAGCUGGUGGGAUCAUCCUCACAGCCAGCCACUGUCCUGGAGGACCAGGGGGAGAGUUUGGAGUGAAGUUUAAUGUUGCCAAUGGAGGUCCUGCACCAGAUGUUGUCUCAGACAAAAUCUACCAGAUCAGCAAAACAAUUGAGGAAUACGCCAUAUGUCCUGAUCUUCGAAUUGACCUAUCUCGACUAGGGAGACAAGAAUUUGACCUGGAGAACAAGUUCAAACCAUUCAGAGUGGAGAUUGUGGACCCCGUUGACAUCUAUCUCAACCUUCUUCGGACCAUCUUUGACUUUAAUGCUAUCAAGAGUUUGCUGACUGGGCCUAGCCAGCUGAAGAUCCGAGUUGAUGCCAUGCAUGGAGUUAUGGGACCCUAUGUGAGAAAAGUUUUGUGUGAUGAACUGGGGGCCCCGGCCAACUCUGCUAUAAACUGUGUCCCACUAGAAGACUUUGGAGGGCAGCACCCAGACCCAAACCUGACAUACGCAACUACCCUUCUGGAAGCCAUGAAAGGGGGAGAGUAUGGAUUUGGAGCUGCAUUUGAUGCCGAUGGGGACCGUUAUAUGAUCCUUGGCCAAAAUGGCUUCUUUGUGAGUCCCUCAGACUCCCUUGCCAUCAUCGCCGCCAACCUCUCUUGCAUUCCGUAUUUCCGUCAGAUGGGGGUUCGAGGGUUUGGGAGGAGUAUGCCAACCAGCAUGGCUCUGGACAGAGUGGCUAAAUCAAUGAAGGUUCCUGUGUAUGAGACCCCGGCUGGAUGGAGAUUCUUCUCCAAUCUGAUGGACUCUGGACGGUGCUCUCUGUGUGGAGAAGAGAGCUUUGGCACUGGAUCUGAUCACCUCCGAGAGAAAGAUGGCCUCUGGGCUGUGUUGGUCUGGCUGUCCAUUAUUGCUGCCCGGAAGCAGAGUGUGGAGGAAAUUGUUAGAGAUCAUUGGGCCAAAUAUGGCCGCCACUACUACUGCAGGUUUGACUAUGAGGGACUGGAGCCCAAGGCAACAUACUACAUCAUGAGGGACCUGGAGGCCCUGGUGACGGACAAGUCCUUCAUUGGCCAGCAGUUUGCUGUGGGGAGCCACAUUUACAGCGUUGCAAAGACAGACAGCUUCGAAUAUGUGGACCCUGUGGAUGGCACUGUGACUAAGAAACAGGGCCUGAGGAUCAUUUUCUCCGAUGCAUCACGGCUCAUAUUCCGGCUCAGUUCCUCCAGUGGUGUGCGGGCCACCAUCAGACUGUAUGCAGAGAGCUAUGAGAGGGAUCCCAGCGGUCACGACCAGGAACCACAGGCGGUGCUGAGCCCUCUCAUAGCCAUCGCGCUGAAAAUAUCCCAGAUUCAUGAGAGAACUGGCCGGAGGGGACCCACCGUCAUCACCUGAGCACAGGGCAGAAGAGCACGCAGAGAGACACGUCACCACCGUGCCUUCUUGCUUCCCGUUUGUGCCACUUAGGACUUUGGAAAACAAAAGCUAUUUUGCUGUUGGGGGGGGGAUGAAAUGAGGGCGGGAAGGGGAUAAGCACCCUUUUUGUUGUGAUUUGUUCAGUUCUUUCAUAUGCAGCAGGGUCUUUAGUUGUCUGUUGUUUGAUAUCUAUAUUUCAUCACACCAAUGAGCUUCCCCUUUGGAGAUAGACAGGUGCACUAAGAAAGUAUUAAUCACAGCCCCUGUGGGUUUCUGGUCGGGGAGAGAGAGGGAGGGAGGGAGAGAGAGAGAGAGAGAGAGAGAGAGAGAGAGAGAGAGAGAGAGAGAGAGAGAGAGAGAGAGAGAGAGAGAGACCCAGAAUUAGACCGGCAGGUAAGUUCUAAGGCCUUUGGGCAGGCAGAAGAUCUCAUCAACAUGGAGGAGGACUCAACUUUGCGCUUGUAAUCAGAUCUACAAGGUGAAAGGCUUAGAACUUCAGGAUGCACCCCUCUCCCACUAGCCAUCCAAUGGUCCAUUUUCCCCAGCCUGCCACUAUCUCUGCACUGCCUCUCUCACAUCUUCUAGAAUCUUCUGUAACUCACAAUGGCACACCUCCAACAAGACAUAUAAAAGGGUGUUUUCCUCUCUUAUUUUGCAUAUAGUAUUAAUUUAGCUAUCAAGCUGGCUGCAUCCUUCUGAAUGUAGUCAUUUUCUGUGUAGGUGGGGAACGAUUUUCUGGAAAAGACUGAAAAUUAAUGCUGAAAAUGAGGGGGAUGCUUCCUUGAUGUCACAAGAUACAUGUGUUUGAAUAACUCCUCCCAGCACUGUGUAUCCUGAUCCUGUUCCCAGUGGCUGAAUAAAGGAGAAGGGGCUGGAAUAAUUAGUGGAACAGUCGUGGGCCCUAUGAGACAGGGAGGUGGUUGUCACACUAGCUUUCUUUGCCUGUGAGGAACAGGGACCUGGCAGCUCCAGCAGGCACAUGGACUGGGGCAGAGUCCUCGGGCCGGCACGGGAUGUGUUUGCUUAUGUUUGGCUUCCUUGGGAACUGCAGGUUCACUUAUCGUGUCAUUUGUGGGGAUGACCUAGUGCCUUUUGGCUGUUGAGCAAGGAUGACUGCUGCCGUCAAGGUCACUGCCGCAAGGAAACAUUCCCAGAAAGGUGUUUGUUUCCAUUCUCUCUCUGUGCUUCUGUCAGAAACUUGCUAGGACAUUUUGUAGCCAAUAAAACAAAACUUCUUUAUUUUAACCUCCA